GAGCAAUGUGUUCCGUUUUGUUUUUUCGCAUUUGGUUGGCAUUUCUACCGAGUAGGUCCGUUUCGAAGAGAAAUUUGAAACUUUACAUCCGUCAUCCAUUUUAUUCACGGUGAGCGACGAGCGUCGUAUUUAGCAACAGCAAGGCAAUAUCCGUAAAAUAUAGUGCUAACCAUAACCAAAAGCCGGAAAAACACAUAAGAAAAACUUAUUCUACGGAAUUUAAAAUGGAUCACGUAGAUAAUGAUGGUUUUGUGGAUGUUUACACGGAUGGCGCAUGCUCCUCAAAUGGUAGGAGCGAAGCUCGUGCCGGCUAUGGAGUCUAUUGGGGAGAUAACCAUCCCCUAAACACCAGCGAGCCAGUGUCUGGCCGAGCCACUAACAACCGUGGAGAAAUACAAGCGGCAACUAAAGCCAUAAAACAGGCACUGGAUAAUGGAGUCACUAAACUUGCUAUAAAUACUGAUUCCAAAUUCCUAAUUAAUUCUGCUACGAAGUGGAUGCCAGGUUGGAAACAACAGGGCUGGAAACUUCAGUCUGGGGAGCCAGUGAAAAACGAGCGUGAUUUUAAGGAGUUGGACAGAGUUCAACACAAACUUCAGGUCAAGUGGAAUUAUGUGGGAGCUCACAGUGGAGUCCAUGGCAACGAGAUGGCGGAUCAACUUGCAAAAGAAGGCGCUUCUAAGUACCGCAAAUGGUAGUUAUAACUACUACCUGUAUUAAAAAGAUUUUUUAUAUUUUUGUGUGCUCUAGAUAUUUAAUUUUCUUUUUAUUUUUAUACUAAGUACUGAGCCAUAUAUUGAUUAGAAGAUAAGUACUCAAUCUUAAAUGUUCCACUAAUGAAAAGCAUAAAUUAUUCAGGUAACUACUUGGCUAGCUUUUUCAAACUGUUGUAGGUAGGAAAUCUGAAGAUGAUAAGAUUUUGUUUGUUGUUUGCAUUAUCUAAAAUCUGCUGGACAGUACCUAAUUAGGUAUUCUGUAGUUUUCUAACUUUAUUAAAUGUUUCUCGAUAUUAAUUAUAGAAUUUAAGUUUUGCUUUGCUUCUCUUGAUAUCAUGCUAUCUUUUUAACUUGUAAGUAAAGCUAUUAAAAUUAAAUAUGACAAAAUA